UCCAACUUGAUUCUCUUAAUUACUUAAUAUAAAAUUUUGUGAAAUCAAAUAAAUUUGAUAAGUUUGUUGCGAUUAUUCAGCUAACCGUAUUAGUUCUUCGUUAACCACGAACCUCAUUGUUUUGUUUUUUUAUUGUUAAAAGUUCUAUUAAUCCUCAAUGAACCCCACGAUUUAAUACAAAGUAUGACUGAGGCAGUAAUUUUUACAGAGAUACAGAUACCAGUGCCAUGGGGACACAUAUCCGGGCUCUGGUAUGGCGAUCAGUCGAUACAACCACUCAUCGCGCUACACGGUUGGCUAGAUAACUCUGGAACAUUUGCAAAAUUAGCGCCGCUACUCGUCGAAACUGCCGGCAGUGUGCUCUGUAUUGAUCUACCCGGACAUGGGCACUCCUCACAUUUACCGGCUGGAAUAUUAUAUCACAAUUAUGAAUUUGUGCGUGUACUAUUACGGUUAAUGAAAGCAUAUAAUUGGUCGAAGUUAUCGCUACUCGGACAUUCUAUGGGUGGCGCUGUGGCAUUUUACUUCGCAACUUUCUAUCCAACCAAAGUGGAUGUAUUAAUUAGCAUUGAUGUUGUUUUACGACGUUACUUCCAACCAGAUGUCGCUGUGGAUGUGGUACGCCAUGUGAUGGUCAAGGCGCUUCACGACAAUCAACGUCUCGUCGAUGGUUCACCAUUCGAAGAACCACCAAGCUAUACGUUUGCUGAGUGUGAGCGGCUACUCUACGAGGGCUCUGGACGUUCAAUGUAUCCGGAAAACUGUAAAUACAUUUUGGCGCGCAAUUUAAGCCGAUCACGUAAAUAUCCCGAUAAAUUUUACUUUUCACGCGACACACGUCUCAAAUACUUAAUGGACGUAAAUGCCGAAGAGGCGCUCUCCAAAGCCAUGGUUAUGCGCAUUUCGGCUGCUAAACUACCUUAUAUGGUAUUAAGAGGUGGUGCAUCAACGAAUAUUGCGCCAGACUCGUUGAAGUUAAUCGAUUUGCUGAGUGCGCAAAAUCCGAACUUUGAAACACAUCUGAUUGCUGAUGGCUUACACCAUUUCCAUUUGGAUCAGCCUGAAGUGGUCGCGAAUUUGAUUAUUCCUUUUUUGAAGCGAUAUCGUCCACUGCCGAGUGGCUACGCAGUACAGUCGGAUGCUCGCCGCGAAUUGCUGUCAAUGGCUAAAUUGUGAACUUGAUUGAUUUAUCUGAAUGUUAAAUGUUGAAUAGAUCGUAUAUAUACCAUAUCUAAUUGAUCAGCCAUUCAUGGGUUAAUGGAAAGCUCCGAAAUUAAACUUUUAUACAUUUGUUUAUAUGCUCUCCUCUCA